CAUAGUUUUCGGUCUAGUUCUGGACGCACCGACCCUGUCCUAGUUCCGGACUUUUAUUGGAUUCGGUCGGCAAUAUCUUCUCAGGCGGUGAUCAGAUUCCGGUAUCGUCGCCGUGCUCUCUGUUCGCGUCUCAGCUUCACUGCGCUCAAUUCCCGUCUUCAGAGGGUAUGGCGUCUACGGAGAGACAUGGAACUAUUUUUUGGCCUAAUUUGAUACACUGAAGCUGAAGGAUCGGGAGUGUGAACUUCUCGACGGUCCACGGAUCGUGCAAGGCAAUUAUAUUUCCGUUAAGCCAGGGAUGCCAUUGUUCUGACCACAGGAAGAUUCCUUUGGGUCCACUCUUGUUUGGAUCAGUUUGGCAUGGGUGAACAUAUGGUAUCACCUGGAAGAGGCAGUCAAUUGCAUCCCCUUAGCCAUUUAGAAACCAAUCAAGGUAGACCUCACCACAAGGUCACCAGAAAGAGGACGCUUCAUCCGAGCAUGUGUGGAGAUUGAUCUUUCCUUGCCUGUAAACUUUCGUUAGGAAAGUGGUUGUACAAAACUAACCCCUACUCCACGGGGACAGGAAAAAUUCACCAUCCCUCGUCCUGUUGCCCCCGUGAAGAGCAGUAGCCGGACCACAAAGAAGGGAGCCCCUCCGUCAUAUUCCAUUCCAGGGACAUCCAGUUGCCCCAACACCCAGCAAGUAAAACUACUAUGUGCGCAAUUCAUGCCUUCUAGCAGUAAGAAAAGGGUUCGUGUUUUGAGCAACCCAAGUUUGCCCGGCUCCCUCCCACCCCCUACACGGGUAAGGGCCCGGAACCAUCUUUCAAGGAUAUUGAUCUGAACUCUCUAGCCAAUGACGAGGCAUGCGGUGAACGGGCACCUUGUGAACAUCUCCAUGGGCGAAGAGACAAAUUAAGGAUUACCUAGCUAAAUAUUAACAUUCUCUGGUUAUUAUUUAUGAGACCAAUGUGCCUUUCGUCAAAGUUGCUAACUUCUGGGAAGCACUUGACUAUCGAGGUGUGGGUGUUGUGGAAGCGGCUGGUCACAGUGGGGGUAUCUGGGUAUUGUCUAAUGAGCAUUGCACCACUUAUGAUGUGUUGGACUCUGCUGAUCAGGCUCUCUCUUUCAAGUUCUCUAAAGGAGGCAGUUCGUGGGUGUGAUCCGCCAUCUAUGGGAACCCUAGUCUCCAAAGACGAUGCACACUCUGGUCUUACCUUUUUGAUGUGAGAACCACCUUUCACAACCACUGGCUCUUUGCGGCUUCCACAACCAGUGGCUCUUCGCGGCUUUUACAACCAAAGGCUCUUCGCUGGAGACUUCAGAGAGAUCCGCCCGAAAAACGAGGUUUGUAGGGGUGAACAUUACCUCAGCAUAGCAGAGCUUUUCCAAGCGUGUGUGGUCAAUUGCUCUCCCUUGACCCGGGCAUGAUCGGGGGCAAGUUCACUUGGCAAAGAAACAAUCAAGGGCAGGUUAUGAUCUCUAAAAGACUUGACAGAGUAAUUAUGGAUGCCGAGUGGAGGACUAGUGUUCCUGAGGCUGCUGUUGAACUUUUGCCGCGUGUUUACUCAGACCACCAUCCACUGCUUGUUAGACCACAUGGGCUGGUCCGAGGAGCUGCUAAGAAACUGUUUUGUUUCGAGUAAACACGCGGCAAAAGUUCAACAAAGGGUUUUGUCUAAUGCAUGUUCCUCUCCCAAGGGGGCGUGAUUGAUAAGCUAUCUGCGGUCAAGGAGAAAGAAUGUGUUCAGAAUCAUCUUCCGGCCCAAGCGAUGAUUAGAUGCAAGAAUUGUGGGGGUCCAGCGCAGCUUAGAGGAUAGGGAGCCUGCAUCCCUCAGGAAUCUGGAACCGUACCUUCAACAGGAUAGAGGACUUAUUAUGGAACAAGAAGAAAUGUUAUGGUUCCAGAAGUCCCGUGAGAUUUACAUCAUCUUUUUCCAGUAACAAUCAAGUGCGACCCAUGCAAAGAAGCAGGCAAAAAUUUGGCGGAAACGCUGUACAAGAAGUAUGGGAUAUUCUAUUUCCUCUGGUUUUUAGAAGAAUCCAAGUGUACCGUUUAUUCAAGGGCUUACCUAUGCACGAGUGAUCUGCACUGUAGCACGUUCUAUGGGUCAUCACCAGGAAUCGCAUCCAGAAUCCCACCUAAGAGUUCCUUCAAUUGUGAGUGCCCUCGAAAAGAUGAAGCUCACAUCAAAGUUUCGAUGUACAGGUAUAAUUGAACUUAAAACUUUCAAGCCCAUGUCUGUGGAUGAAAUUUCGAAGUGUAUGUUGCUGCUCUCGAGCAGAUUUUCGAGGAUUCGCUUUUGGCAGUUGUAGUGGUUGAUUCAGUGGUGUUGUCUCUAUCUGUCACUUUAAAAAAAGUUGUUCACUUGUUCAUCCUUAAUAAACAAAAGAAUUCAGAUUGCAGCAUCAAAACGGAGCUUGAAUCGUCCUGUUGGAUUUGCUAUGAUCAGACCUCCAGGACAUCAUGCUAUACCCACCAAUGUAAUUAAAACAGGACCAGACCGGCCGGUCUAACCGGUUGGACCACUACCCGUUCGGUCGAGUUCACCCUAUAAACCUGUUUUAAUGCUGGCCCGUUGAAACCCGGGAGAACGGGCGAACCAAUGGGACUUAUGGGCUUUUGUGUAUUUGGGAAUAUGGCCGUUGUGGCACGCCAUGCGCAACUUGUGCGCGAAUCGAUACGAGUAUUUAUCAUUGAUUUUGAUGUUCACCAUGGGAAUGGGACAAGUGAUGUACUGCAUGACGAUCUAGAUGUAUUUUUUUUGUCCGCUCAUCAAGUGAAAUAUAUUCACCUCGAACCU